AUGGACCCGCCAUCUUGCCUUAGCUGCAAGCUGUUGUCCAAGAAACUGACCAAUCAGAGGCCGCCGCUGUAUUAUGCACCGUACAAUUUCUCCGAAUAUCUGAAGCGACUUUCCAAAGAUUGUAACUUUAAAGCUGUCAAUGCUGUUUCAAGUAGAGAUGAAUAUAUCAGAGACACAUUCAUUGCUGGCUUGCUAGUACCUCACAUUCGUCAACGGUUGUUGGAAAGCUCUACUUUGUCUUUAGAUGAAGCAGUUUCUCAAGCCAGAUCACUCGAACUUGCUAAAUAUCACUCUGAACAGUACAACUUAGACAAGUGCUUACCAACAAUCAACGCUGCAGCCUCAAAACCUAUCACUGAAAAGAAUCCAUACUUGUCCAGUCCUGAUCCAACACCUUCUGCUGCCAAGCCAGAAUCGUAUCCAUCUCAAGAAAAUAUAGCGUGUUCACUCAAUCAGACAUGUUACUUCUGCGGCUUUAAGAAACACAAUAGAGCUGUUUGUCCAGCUAAAGAAGCUAUAUGCAGAGGAUGCGGCAUUAAAGGUCAUUACCAAAAGGUAUGUAGAAAAUCCAAAACACCAACUUCUAGAGUAAAGGCAUCAGUCCAUCAGUCAAAUUGUAUUGCCUCAGUACCAUCGUGUUUGAGUAAAGCUGUAGUCCCAGUACAAUUAAAUGGAGUCGAUGCAUACGCUCUUAUAGAUACUGGUAGUUCUGGUAGUUUUAUCAAUCAAAGCUCAGCACUUAGAUUCAACAUCCCUGUCAUUCCAUGUAAUGGGGGAGAGGUAUCAAUGGCUUCCACAACUCUGCGUUCUUCAAUAAAAGGGUACUGUAAAAUCAAUCUUAAAUUACAAGAUCAUACUUACAAGAAUGUGGUCUUCAGCGUACUUACAAACUUAUGUUCUGACAUUAUUAUAGGACAUGACAUUCUAAAAAGACACUCAAGUUUACAAGUACAAUUUGGAGGAAAAGAGUCGCCCCUCAACAUAUGUAGUGUGGCUUUAGCUAAUGUUGAGCCAGUAGAACUAUUUCGUAAUCUAUCUCCAGAUUGUAAGCCUAUUGCAACAAAAUCUCGAAGGCACUCAGCAAUUGACGAACAGUUUAUUGAAAGUGAAAUUCAAUUACUGUUAAAAGAGGGUACUAUUGAAGAAAGCAGGUCUCCAUGGAGAGCACAAGUCCUUGUUGUUUCAUCAGAUAACCACAAACGGAGAAUGGUUGUCGAUUAUUCACAGACAAUUAAUCGUUUUACAGAACUUGAUGCAUUUCCACUCCCUAGGAUUGAUGACAUAGUCAACAAAGUAGCUUCAUACAAAGUUUAUAGUUCUAUUGAUCUUAAGAGUGCCUAUCAUCAAAUCCCAAUAACAGAAAAUGACAAACCUUACACGGCAUUUGAAGCUUGCGGGAAUUUGUACCAAUUCACACGAGUGCCUUUUGGAGUUCGUAAUGGUGUCCCUGCUUUUCAACGUACGUUAACCAACAUAAUCACUUAUGAAAAACUUGAAGGUGUUCAGGUCUAUCUGGAUGAUGUAACAAUCUGUGGCAAUGAUCAGGCUGAACAUGACAGGAACUUGAGCAAUUUUAUGAAAGCUGUUUCCAAAUAUAAUCUUACCUUGAACAAACAUAAAUGCAAGUUUUCUACAGCCAUGAUCCAUCUAUUAGGUUAUGUAAUCUGUCAUAAAUCAAUAAGACCAGAUCCAGAUCGUCUGCAACCACUUCGAGAUCUUCCCAUUCCAACCAACUCAAACUCUCUUCACAGAGCUCUUGGAGUUGCUACCAGUCGUACAACAGCUUACAAUCCUCAGGGCAACGGACAAGCUGAGAGAAGAUCUAGUAAUGGUAAGACAACUCCAUCUUGGCUCAUGAAUCCAGGUCCAGUGCUCAUGAAACGGCCUGUCAGGAGCUCGAAAUACGAACCACUCGUUGAAGAAGUACUGCUCCUUGAGGGGAAUCCUGAGUAUUCUCACAUAAGAUAUGCAGAUGGCCGUGAAACUACAGUGAGUUCCAGGAAAUUAGCACCUGUAGGAGAAGUGUCACAUCAUGAAGAAGACUCAAACUCCAAUCUACGACAUGAAGAAGACUCAAAUCCCAAUCUACGACAUGAAGAAGACUCAAACACCAAUUUACGACAUGAAGAAGACUCAAACACCAAUCUACAAAUAAAUGAAAGAAGUUCUCAAGUUGAUGCUGGACCUGAGCCUAUCUUCCAAGACGAGGAAAGACUGAAUCAGGACCAGAUUGCUCUAAGGAGAAGCUCCAGAAGUAAACACCCGCCUUUGUAUCUAAAAGACUAUGUCAGCUAG